CCAGAUUUCUCCCUCACUCAGAGGUAACAGCCUCAGUUAGGUGGGGUUCCACCUGUGAUUAAAUACAAAAUGAAUGUGAAUUAAUUAAUGGUGAGACACGAUGAGCUCAAGGAUUCCGAGCUGUGAAAUGGAAUUAGGGCUACAAGCUCACAACAAACAUUUAAUGACUGCAGAAAUCAAAAGAAUUCAGUGCAGCCUUUCACCCCAAACCUGUAGGUGUUUCCCAGCCACCUCCCGUUCUUUGGCAAUAUUGAUCUGAAUAUUCUGCUUCACUGCUCCUGAUCAUUUUGUUUCCUUAGAAGAGCUAGUGGCUGCUAGCUUUUAACUCAGAAAAUGCUUUUCAUAUUAACAGCUGAAUUCUGAGACUGGCAUGAGGUUUUCCUUAAGAGCUGCCUUAGAAAUUCAGUGCAUUAGUUGAACUUUUAUGGCAAUUUCAUGAUUAAGUAAUAAACCUCCAAAUCUAAGAACAUAGCAUGGUGACCAAACAUCACAGAUGAAAGAGGCAGGCAGCUGUGUGCCUGGGCCUUUGAUUCUGUCAGAUGGGAGAGCCUGGAGCCUCUGGAUGUGAAAACACAUCUCUGCUGUCCCAGUGCAGGACUCCUGCUUCUGAUCAGCAUCAUCUGUGCUGAUCUGUACGUGUCAGGGAAAAUUGAGGGACUCCUCUCGAGGCUUGGUAAUUUGAUGAGGUUUUUCAUGUUGCCUUCUCUUGAGAUCCAGCUGUCAUCCUGUUUUGCCACUGUGCAAUUGCUUCUUGCUUUAGUGGCUUAACUCAAUGACUUUUAUGCAUUUUUUUUUCUUUUUUUUUUUUUAAAUUAAAUUAAUCUACUUGUGGUGAUAGAAGAUCAGUGUCUCAAUUCUUCUGAACUCACAGCAGUUGCUUUUGCCUAGGACAUGUCUAGCUUCUAAUAAUUAGAUUUGAUGUACAUGUUGUUUUUUCUUCAUUCCCUUUCUGGAUUAUUGUUCUCCAACAAAUAUACCUGUAACAAGUUGCAUCCCAGGAUAUUUAGCUUUCAUUUAGGAUUGUGGGCAACUUCAUGGAGGGAAUAGAGGUCUGAAUCCUUCUGCAAAGGAAAUAACUCUUCACUCUGGCCCUUGUUUGUCAUAUUUCAAUUUCUGGGCCCUGGGUGCCCACGUUUCCUACUCACAUGGCAGGAACUGCCCAAGGAGAGCAGAGCAUUGAACCCAGUGGAGAUGAGACUGUCUUAAAUCACUUCAAAAGAGACCCACAGGCUGAACUGUUUUAAUAAGCUCCCCAGCUUACAGUUUAGAGUAAAUUAUUAAUGCAGUAACAUUCAGUGUUGAAAAGAUUUUUUUUUUUUUUUUUAAGAAAGGGUUCACAAGUCAUUCUCAGUAAAGGUAAUGAAUUAUGAAUGCCCAAAAGUCACCUUGCAAGCCCAGUAAGGACAGUCUCUGGCAUAGGUUUAGCUUUUUUUUUUACUAGUGAGUAAUCAGUCUGUGUUCAAAAAGUGGAAACAGAGAUGUCUAAACUUCUUUAACAUCUUUCUUCCAGGAGGAAAUCAGCAAAUGAGUGGUGAUGGAUGUGAGGGUGAUCCACUGCCUGCUCCUUUGGGCUGCACACUUCUUCCUGGCCAUGUCACACAGCACUCCCAGGGUUCUCAGUAACAAAUCAAAGACUGGUGAUGAGCAAGAUGCCUGUAUAAAUCUCAUUCCCUGCCAAGAUAAUGGAGCAAUUUGUAUUCAGCCUUGCUCUCCCUCCUUCCACGGGGAGACAAGUUUUGUCUGUGAAGACAGAAAGUGGCAGCUGUUGUCAGAUGCUUGUGCAAGCCUGGAUGUUCAGUCCCUUUUUCAGAGGAUAUCCCAAAGUGAACUCCUCCCAUGCUCUGGAGGACAUGGUGCUGGAGUACAUCUUCCUUUUGGAGGAGGAGGAAAGCUGGGGCAUGGGAAGCCUGGAGAUGGAGCAAAGCAUUUUGGUGCUGGGAAUCAGAGCUGCCAAGCUGAUUUUUCUUGCAUCAUCCCAGAUAUCCUGUCUUCACCAGCCAUCCCAGGAAACAUUGCUGAUAUAGUGGAAUUGCUAAAGAAGAUUUCCCUGCUGCUAUCAGAGAAUGUCACCAGAGGAAAAAUGCAGAGCUACAGCAGGAUAGCAAACCAUAUUCUGAACAGCUCCAUCAUUUCCAACUGGGCUUUUGUAAAGGACAGAAAUGCUGGUUCAAUAUUACUGGACUCGGUGAAUUUAUUUGCUGGGAAACUUCUUCUAAGGAAUGAGUCAGAAAGUAUCCAGGAGCCCUUCAUCGCUACCAAAGGCUACAGCAUACACAGAAACACUUCUGGAAGGAGCUUUGACUUUUCCAUGGAGUUCAACAGCACAGGCAACAUCACUGGGAACGUGGUGAUUCCAGAAGAAGAGCUUCUGAGGUUACCCAGGACUUCCAAAGCCAUCAGCGUUGCAUUUCCAACGCUCGGAGCCAUCCUAGAGACCAACCAGCUGGACCCUGCUUUUGUGAACGGGAUGGUGCUGUCAGUGUUGCUGCCAGAGGAGCUCCAGAACGUUUUGCUCACCUUUGAGAAGCUGAACAAGCUGGAGCAGGUGGGGGCUCAGUGCGUGGGGUGGCACUCGGGCGAGCGGCGCUGGGAUCCCCGGGCGUGCCGGCUGCGCGCACACAGCGUCACCGCCGUGGUUUGCGUCUGCGCCCACCAGCGCCGCACCUACAGGUCCUUCUCCAUCCUGAUGGCCCCGGCCGCGCCACGGAGCUUGGUGCUGGAUUACAUCACACGGGUGGGCCUGGGCCUGUCCAUUUUCAGCCUGGUCCUCUGCCUUGCCAUCGAGGCCGUGGUCUGGCACCACGUCACAAAAACUGAAAUAACCUACAUGCGCCACUUCUGCUUGGUCAACAUCGCAGCCUCACUUCUUGUCGCUGAUGUCCUGUUCAUCCUGGCAGCCAUUGUGCACAAUACAGCCCUAAACUACCAGCUGUGUGUGGCAGCCACUUUUUUCCUUCACUUUUUCUAUCUUGCCCUGUUUUUUUGGAUGUUUACCUUGGGCCUCUUGAUUCUCUAUGGAUUAUUGUUAAUUUUUUUUAAGAUAACAAGAUCUGUAUUCCUAGCUGCAGCGUUCUCUAUUGGAUAUGGAUGUCCCUUGGUCAUAUCUGUCCUCACUGUUGCCAUUACUGAACCAAAAAACGGGUAUUUAAGGCCUGGAGCUUGCUGGCUCAAUUGGUAUGAGACAAAAGCACUUUUGGCCUUUGUUGUACCUGCCCUGAGCAUCAUUGUUAUGAAUCUCAUUGUGGUGGUUGUGGUUGUGGUGAAGACUGGGAGAUCCUCCGUUGGAGAGGGCUGCAAGUCACAAGAUUUGAGCAGCAUGAUCCGAGUCAGUAAAAACGUUGCCCUUCUGACGCCUCUGCUGGGCCUCACCUGGGGGUUUGGACUGGCCACGAUCAUCGACAGCCGCUCUCUGGCCUUCCACGUCGUGUUUGCACUGCUGAACGCCUUCCAGGGAUUCUUCAUCCUGUUGUUUGGGACACUUCUGGACAGAAAGACAAGAGAAGCCUUAAGGAUGAACUGCCUUUCAUCGAGGCGGAGGUGGGGUCUAGAAAAGUCCUAGCAGUGGACUGUUGUCUUCAGUGGAUCUGACCAGCGAGAAGAAAAGGAGCACUUCUUGCAGAGAGGUGCUGGUUUGAGGGGAGCAGAAGAGCCUGACCAGCUCAGAGCAUGGACAGCACUGUCCUGGAGCACAACCACGGGAAGCAUCGUGAAAAGCAGAAGAGAAAAGGCCCUGAACCUGCUGUCAGGAGCAGGAAACCAUCAGUGUUGCUGCAGCCCUUGGAAGAAACAUGCUGAAACAAAAAGCUUGUUUCUCACCUUUGUGAAAAUUGCUGUGAGGAGAGUUUGUCCUCAUUUGCCAUUUCAGUGCUUCAAUUUCUUUCUUAUUUUCUUUUUCUUUCCUUUUAUUUUUGUCAGUGAAAUAAGGAGCUGUACAGUAUGUGGAGCUGUUGUAAAAUUAUUUAAUUUUUCAUGUGAUGUACAAAUGUUGAGCAUUAUCUAGCUGAUUUUGGCUGUCUUUUGAGUAAAACUGAUCCUAUUUGUUGC